AUUAUUCGGGAAAAUUGGAAUCUACGGUACAGUGCAUCAUUUGUGAUGUGUCCUUUAAGAGCAAACUUGACUGUUCCUGUAGCGGUGAGCGUCGUUGCUGGACUGAAAGAUCCCCCAAGCAAUAUGCUGACCGUGAUCAACAACUUCAACGAGACUGCUGGUAAAACAUCUUCGACCAUCGGCAAAUUUGCCGUGUGCGUAAAACCGUUGCAUUUCAACUACAAUAAGGAGCUUCAAAUAAUGGAAUUUAUUGAACUCAACCGCCUAAUGGGCGUGGACCACUUCACCUUCUAUAAUCAUACUAUCGGACCUCAGGUGUCCUGUAUUCUCGACCAUUACCGGAAGGAGGGUCUGGUCACAUUGCUGCCAUGGAAGUUGCAUAUGGUGUUCCAAAAGGAAAUCCGAACGGAAGGACUUUUUGCAGCUUUGAAUGACUGUCUUUAUAGGUCGAUGUACAAAUUUUCUCACACGUUGCUCAUUGACUUAGACGAAUACAUAAUCCCAAACUACAACGAGACUUUACCCCAAUUGAUUGACUAUCUGAACCACAGACUCAAAGCCAGAUCCACCGGCUCAUACUCGUUCCAGAACGCUUUUUUCUACCUCCAAUGGAACGAUGAUGCGAAAGUGGAAGAGCUUAGCGAUCCGAUAUCGGCCAAUCUAGUCACUCUAAAGAAGACCCGGCGGAAGACCAAACUGCAUCCUCACAAGCAAAGGUCAAAAUACAUAUGUCGACCAGAACUUGUUGUUGAGGCGGGAAAUCACUUUGUUUGGGAAUUUAUACCUGCACACGGUACUUUGAACGUACCAGCGGACGCAGCAAUAUUACACCAUUACAGGAUUUGUGAAUUUGGAGGAAACGACUGUAUUAAAACGAGCUCUACUGUAGAUCGAACUGCCUACAGGUAUUUACACAGUUUGACCAGCGCGGUGAGAGCACGGUAUGACCAAUUAAAGCUGAAAUGCAACCUGUCGGAUCCAAAAGAAGCACCGACUAAAAUGUUACAAAAAAUAUUGCAAAUGUUGAAAAGCGGUGCUCAAAGAAAAAGGUGAAAAUUGUGAUUUUAGCCAUAGAAAUUCGAUCCCACAUGUAAAAACAAUAAAUAUCCUGAAACCCAA